GUCGAGUCUCACUGUAUAUUAGAGCAUCGUUACGUAUAUAACUUCUACGUCCGGCUCCUCGUAUCGUUCUCUUGCAGGAUGUUCUCCUAGGUGUACAACACGGAUAUACCGGUUCUCUUUUGGAACUGUCCACUCCCUUUCCCGCUCUGAAGCCGCAGGCCGCAGGCGUCCAUUCCUUAGAUUAGGUACAUACAUACACACACUCCUUAUUAUCGUUCAGUCAUUUUGAGAAUAACUCUGCCCCCUCCCUGCGAGACUUCGGAGUAUACGCACAAUACAUCAUGCGUGCUUUUGUUAACUUAGCUGUAGCUGUUGCUACGGCUUUCGUCGCCGAAACCUUCGCUGCGCCGAUUGUUGCAACACCGGGAUCUAAGACAGACCUGGUUAUCACUGAUAAAAAUACCCUUAAUGGCACACAUGUUCCUGUGGUCAAGUCUGGACAGACGGUCCAGUCCAACCCGCUCAAGAUAUCUCUUCUCAACAACUUUGGUGGCGGACAACUAAAUGUAUACGUGACGGGGAAAGACACCAAUGGUGCUAAUAUCAUGCUCUCGACGAAUGGAUCUUGGUAUUACCCCGACCCUGCCGGCAGUACGACUCCAGUGGCGGUCAACGCCAACGUCGCUCUCCCGAUGAAUGCUCAAGGUCAGACCACCGAGUUCACCCUGCCCGAUUACAUCAGCUCCGGCCGCAUAUGGGUUGCCGAAGGUAACCUUCAGUUCUUUGCCGUCGUCGAUGGAACCGGAGCAGUUCAGUUGGUCGAGCCGUCGGCCGCCAACCCUAGCGACCCUUCAGCGGCUGUCAACUGGGGAUUCGUCGAGCUCACUAACACGGAGGAGGGCGGUAUCUACGCCAACAUCUCGUUCGUCGAUUUCGUUGGUCUGAUCAUGGGCAUGACCUUAACUCUCGGCAGCGGCGAGACCCAAACCGUGAAAGGUCUCCAGGGGAACGCCAUCUCCUCCAUCUGCUCGGAUCUGAAGGCGCAGGCGGCCGCUGACGGCCAGCCGUGGGACAAGUUGUGCGUCACGGACUCGAGCGGGAACCCUCUGCGCGUCCUCGCGCCUAACCUGUACCUGUCCAUCGACCCCAGCGCCAUGUCGACCUACUACGACGACUAUAUCGACCAAGUCUGGGAGAAAUACACCAACGAAGACUUGACUAUCAACACACAGGCCGCCGCCGGCAACGUCACGUGCCGUGCCAGCGGCAACCAGAUGACCUGCAACGGCGACAACCGCGCUUACCCCAAGCCAACCGUGAUCGACAUCUGGGGUUGCAACUCGGGCCCGUUCUCCAUCGAGGACAGCGACAACGACGUCCACCAUGCCGUCGUCCCCCGACUCUGCGCCGCCUUCUUCCGCAGCACGCUACUGAUCGACGGCGGCAACGUCCAGCCGGGCGUCGGCCAGGACAGCUACUACACCACGAGCCCUACGAGCCACUACGGCCGCAUCGUACACAAGUACGAGACCGACAACAAGGGUUACGCCUUCUCAUACGACGACGUCAACCCCGACGGCCAGAACUCGGCCGGCGUCGUGUCGGGUGUUAGCCCGGACACUCUUCAACUCGCCGUCGGUGGAUUUGCCUCUUAAGGGGGCUCAUUCUUAGUCGACGAGAUUGGAAGAAUAGGGGCGGUAUCUUGACAUAGAUAUUGGUCCCUAGAAUCAUGGCUGCGGCUAUGAAUACGCAUUGUAUAUAACGCCUUUUCCAUGUAUAUAUUUUCUGUCGAUAGCAUUUCUGGGGAUCUGGGUAUCAUGUACAUAUAAGCCGCGCAUAUCACACACGCUCGUUAAAAAAGUCG